GGCGUGACAGGAGAGGGGCUGUUUCCGGGCCUGGCUCUCGCGGGGAUGUUGCUGCUGCUGAGGAGGGCGGCGGCGCUGCGGGGGGCCCGUGGGCUCGGGGGGCCGCCGGCCCGGCGGCUUUCGGAGGCGGCCCGGCGCCAGGAGAAAAAAGGCCUUGGUGAAGAAUCCAUGCUCCGGCCGUUGUAUAUGGAUGUCCAGGCAACUACUCCUCUGGACCCCAGAGUUUUGGACAGCAUGCUCCCUUAUCUAAUGCACUACUAUGGCAACCCACAUUCCAGGACUCAUGCCUAUGGCUGGGAGAGUGAGUCUGCUAUGGAGCGAGCCAGGCAGCAAGUUGCAUCAUUAAUUGGAGCAGAUCCUAGAGAGAUUAUUUUUACCAGUGGUGCGACAGAAUCAAAUAAUUUAGCAAUUAAGGGUGUUGCAAGAUUCUAUAAAUCCAGAAAGAAGCAUAUAAUUACAACUCAGACAGAACACAAGUGUGUGCUGGACUCUUGCCGUUAUCUGGAGGCUGAAGGCUUUCGUGUCACAUACUUGCCUGUUAAAAGAAAUGGGCUCGUAGAUUUAAAGGAACUGGAGGAUGCACUCCAACCAGACACAAGCUUGGUGUCCAUAAUGACUGUGAAUAAUGAAAUAGGAGUAAAGCAGCCAAUUAGUGACAUUGGUCAGAUCUGCAGCUCUCGUAAAGUUUUCUUCCACACCGAUGCUGCGCAGGCAGUUGGUAAAAUCCCCAUGGAUGUCAAUGAUAUGAAAAUUGACCUAAUGAGCAUCAGUGGCCAUAAAAUCUAUGGUCCAAAAGGGGUUGGUGCCAUCUAUAUUCGCCGUCGGCCCCGGGUGAGGUUGGAACCCUUACAGAGUGGGGGAGGCCAGGAGAGAGGAAUGCGAUCUGGGACUGUGCCUACACCUUUAGCAGUUGGCCUUGGGGCAGCGUGUGAAGUGUCUCAACAAGAGAUGGAGUAUGACUAUAAGCGAAUCUCUGUAUUGGCGGACCGACUCAUUACAAAAAUAAUGACUGAAAUUCCAGAUGUGGUUAUGAAUGGAGACCCAGAGCAUCACUAUCCAGGCUGCAUCAAUUUAUCUUUUGCGUAUGUGGAAGGAGAGAGUCUGCUGAUGGCUCUGAAAGAUGUGGCUCUGUCUUCAGGAAGUGCUUGCACAUCUGCCUCUCUGGAGCCAUCCUAUGUGUUACGAGCAAUUGGGACUGAUGAAGACUUGGCUCACUCAUCCAUAAGGUUUGGCAUUGGUCGUUUCACUACAGAAGAAGAAGUAGAUUACACAGUGCAGAAGUGCAUACAGCAUGUCAAAAGGCUGAGGGAGAUGAGUCCACUGUGGGAAAUGGUGCAGGAUGGAGUUGACCUAAAAAGUAUUAAAUGGACCCAGCAUUAGGAAAGCUGUUGAGUUGUAACCUUGUACUAGAUGGAUGUGGAUUAAAGUGAAUUUUCUGUACAUUCCUGAGGAAAGCCAUAUGGCAUUUGGUUUUUUACAUAGUCAGUCUGGUGGUAGGGGUCUAAACACAGAAUCUAAGAAACCAGAACUGAGGUGAAGCUGAAUCUCGCACACUUAUUUACGCACAAGAUAACUUGCACUGUGACCUAGCUUCCUUGGAAUUGCAUUUUCUGUCACAAGAGUGAAACUGGGCUCUUUAACCCUGAUUUCUCUUGCUGCAGAAGAGUCCCUCUUUUAGGAGGUUCGCCUUUCUUGGCAUCACACACAUGCUGCAGCAGUUCUGUUUGUGGUAAAGCUUUAUUGCCAAGAGCCUUUUUUCACUUACUCCAGUGAUUUUUAUUUGAUUCAGUGAUAUUAGUCUCAAACAACAACCUGCUUUCUGUGUUCAGAUAGUUCUACUUACAUAAGGCACCUCUAAAGGAAACAGAAAUCUUAGUUUAUGGUUCUAGAAUGGUGUAUACUUGUGUUAAUUAUAUAUUUCAGACUCAUUCAUAUCUGCAGUUAAGAGCCCCUUUCCCAAUUGAACAAAAGAUUUUUGCCUCUUCCAGUUUGGUUUAGUUUGAUUUUUGCAGUUCUACCUUCUUAUAUUUGUUUCUCUCCUGAUCCUCAUACAAGCCAAUAUGUGUUUUUAACCCAAAGUAUUCUUCCACCUUUCCAGAAUCUAGGAUAGGAUGAUGCACUUUGCUGUCUGCAUCAAUUGUUUCUUUCCAUGCAGUCCGUCUGUUUGCAAGUAAAGAAAGAAAAGUUGUAUGUAAUAGAAUGUAUUUCUGGGGCUGGGAGGGAGCAGGAUACAUUGGCUUCAGUGGAAGUGGAAGCUUUUAGUUUGGCAGGAGUGGUGACACAGAAAAGACACCAGCUCUAAUGCAUGGAAAUGCUUUACAUACUGUUUGCUCUUUUCUUGGUGAUGGAACCUUUCUCCACUACCCAUCAAGAAUAUGACCAUGGGCAAUAGCAUCCUAAUUUCUUUAUGGGGCCUGUUGUCUUCCCCAUAUUCUAGUCUGCCAAACCGGUUCUGUAGGUAGGAGGUAGGAAUAGAUGAGCUCUGAGGAGAGUUCUUGACACUCCAGGUUUACACCCUUUUUGUUUCUAGAGAUCGUCAUGGGAACAGCAUCCAUUCCAAUCAGGCAUUGGGGAAAAUGUCCAUUAAAUGGGUCGGGCUAAUUGAAUUAAAUGUCAGUUUUUGGUUUCUUGCCUUCUUUUAGAAAUUUAACCCUACGUUAUAAAGUGCCUUUUUUUUACCCAGCUUUGUAUGCAGACUACUCCUCAGAAGGUAGCUGGUUCACAGAUGAAUGCUGUGCUAGCCACUCGAUCCUAGGCAUCCUACUGACAAUGCAUAUCUCCUGUUGGAGGCAGCAGAGAGACAUCUCCUGACUACCUUGAGGAUGAACCCAGACAUGAAAGCUGUCUCCUGGAACCUCAAUCUCACUUUGCAAGGUGGUGUGCCCUGCAGAGCCCUGCAAACUCUGAUCAGGAAGGCUUGUGUUGUAUCAGUUGCACCGAGGAGAGUAGAUUUGCCCUUUCAUAAUAGGUGCAGAUAUUCUUGGAUCACUCUCUGUUUGAAGUGGUUGGUGGCUUUAGCAGUUUUAAUAUUGUUGAGAUGGGAACUUAUGAUUUCAAAAAAUUUUAAAGACUUGAUGUAUAACCGGCUUUCAAAAGAGUUGUAAUAUAUACCUUGUGCAUAUAGGUCUGAGUAACCAUGUAGUAACACUUCCCAGCAUGUUAUAAAAACAUUUCUCUGAAAUUGUUCUGCUUCCUGCAUUGUAAAUAUAAAUAUGAUUUAAACUUGA